AUGGCUUUAAACCUCGCGCUUAAUGCGUCUUCAGGCAGGAUUUGGAACACAAAAACUCAGACUUCAUCAUCAGGUCUCAAAGUUUUGAUCGAUUUUUCAAUUACAAAGCCCCGCGCUCUCGCAAAGCAAUCUACCUUCAAUAUUUCAGGCGACAUUGCUCUUAUCGGAGAUUCAAAAGGAACUAUAACACUCUUUAACUUUUCCCAAAACUGAUUUUCCACUAUAAUAAGAGGCUGCGUUUCUCCAACCAGUCUCGCUAUAAUUCCAGGACAGCCUGAUGAAAUUGCAGUAGGGAUGUCAACAAAAAACAUAGAAAUUUAUCAGUUAACAGGAAGAUUAGUAAGCAGUCUCAGAGGCCAUCGCGGGCCUGUUAUCGGAAUCAGUGUAAAUUCAGUCAAAAAGCUGCUACUUUCUAUAAGCUCAGAUAGCUGCAUUAUAUGGAAUGUGGAAACAUGGACAAGGGUAAGAUCACUGUAUGCACAGGCGGCUGCUUUUAUAGCAGGAAAAUUUGCCCCAAAUAUGCAGUCAAUAUUGACGUGCUUUGUAGAUGGGAUAAUUUUUGAAUGAAGCUUAAACAGUUAUGAACUUGUGAGGAAGUUUAUUAUGAAUGAAAAUGAGCCACUUGGGUUUACGUUUUCAAGCGACUAUGAAUUGGUUAUUGGGGUUGGGAAAUCUGGGAAUUUGCACGUGUGGAAGUCUGAAAAUCCAGAACAAGAAAGCUGGGCGUUAAAGCUUCCAGCAGAGCUGAGAGGGAUUGUGAAACUAGAUUGGCUGAGAGGAGACAUCAUUGCAUGCAUUGGAGGAAACGGACAAUUUUAUUUGAUUAAUGUGAAAACCAGCAAAAUUGAAACGAAAAUUGAAAAUAUUGAUGCAAUGGUUAAUUUUGAGACUAGUGGAAAUGGACUUUUGUCAGGAGUCUUACUCCCCCCCUCCGUGAGUGAACAAAACCAUUAGAAAAAUCCCUAUUUUUUGCCCAAAAACCCACCCUUCGUGAGUGAACAAAAAUUUUUUUUAAUACAAAAAUUUUUAUGAAAAAAAAAAAUUUUGAUAUAUAAAUGAUAAUUAUUAUAAUGAAAUCUAGAGCUAAUUCUGUUUAAUUUUAAACGAAUUGCUUUUUAAAACAUAAAUUUUAUAAAUUAAAUUAAUAUUUGCUUUCCAAUUUUUGCGAAUUAGGAUUUUUUUAAAUUUCGAAAAAAAAUAUAUUUUUUAGAAAAUUUAUAUAUAAAUUUUUUUUAAAAAAAAAAAAAAUUUAACCCCCCUCCGUGAGUGAACAAAAUUUUUUUGUUCACUCACGGAGGGGGGGGGAGUUAGCAAAUGGGAAUGUAGUGAUUUACGAUAUAAACGUUUUGCUGGCAAGUAGCCAAUCUCAAACAAAAAAGAGACUUGAUAUCGGAAUUUCCCCUAAUCUUGCCAAAAGCUCUGAUAAAAAAGAUAAUCAAGAUGCCCAAGAUAUAAAACCUUUAAUCGCCCUAAAGCCCGCAAAUGAAGUCACAUUUAAACUUCCUGCAUUAAAAAAAAUGCUAUCUCAAUAUGGAGAAUUCCCAGAAAAGCAUAGAAUCGCUAUAUGAAGCAACCUAUUAAACUUGCCAUCGAAUUCAAACGAGUUUGAAAGACUAAAAAGCAGAGGUCUACAUCCUUCUCAAUCUAGUUUAGAAAAAAGGUUUCCACUAAAAGAAAAAAGCCUUAUUAGUCCUUUAUCAGUUGUAAUGAGCGCUCUUUCAUAUUGGUGUCCUGCUUUAGGCGAAGCAGAUUUUAUGCCUUCAAUAGUAUUUCCAUUUUUAAAGCUUUCCAAUGGAGAUCCAUUAAUAACCUUUGAAAUCACUGUUUCUCUUAUUUUAUACUGGUUUCAGCAUUGGUUUGAAAACUUUCCUGAGCCACCAAUAAAGUAUUUAGUUGCAAUCGAAGACGUGAUUAAAAAAAAUGAUAUCAAAUUAUUCGAGCAUAUCAGAAAUUUAGGAGUUAAUUGCAGCAGCUAUAUUUGGCCUGUGCUUAAAAAUGUGUUUACUGAAGUCAUGACUAGAGAGGAGUUUAUAUCUCUAAUGGAUCAUAUUUUUUGUGAAAAAUCCAAGCCAGACCUCCUUAUUUUUAUUGCUGCAGAGUAUUUCAUGUACUUCCGGCCUACAAUUAUGACUAUAAAUUCUAAUGAAGAUUUUAAUUAUUUUCUGCAUCGCCAAAAUCCUAUAAAUAUACAAAAGCUCGUAAAAGGUGCUUUGAGGCUGUAUGAUAAUAGGGAAAAUAUAAUAAUCCCGAAUUUUGAAGUUAGGAUUCCAUUGCCAAUCGGAGAGUAUCCAUUAUUCACUAACUAUCCUGACUUUUCUGUCCAAUAUAAAGCUCAGGUAAGAGAAAGGCUUUUAUUAGAAGAGAAUGAGCUACUUCAAAAGAAUGAACAUAUUGAAAGAAUCAACGAAAGACUAACCAUGCUGGAAGAGCAAGAGUCUCAAUUUAGAAAAGAACAGGAAGCUUUACUUCUUGCAGAAUAUGAAAGAAGAAAAGCUGCAGCUAUUGAAGACCAGGUUAGGAUGCAAGAAAAGCUUAAAUUAGAUAGAGAAAUCAGAGAAAAAAGGCUCAAUCAAAUUAAAAAAAUUGAGAAUACAGUUGAAAGUUCAUUAAGUCACCAAGAGCAGAUCAGAAAGCAAGAAUUAAGAAGACUUGAAGAAGAAAUUGCCCGAAAGCAAGAAGAAGAUCGAUAUUACAUGCAAAACCGUACUGAAGAAGAAGCCUUGAGUCUUCUUGAAUUUAAAGCGACUCAAAGGCUACUAGAAUUGAUGAGAGUUAGAGCUGGCGAAGAGUCUAUGAGAAAGCUUAGACUUGAUACAGAAAAUUGGGAGCGUGAGCAAGAAAUGAAAGACAGGCUGACUCAGAAUAAAUGGCAUAUUGAUGAUGAAGAGCGUAGGCUAAAACUAGAAAUUAUGCGUGAAAAUAAACAAAAAGAACUUCAAACCUUAUCAGACUAUAAUGAUAGGCGAAGAGUCGAAAUUCAGCAGCACAUUACAAUUCUUGAAAAGGAGCUAAAAGGGCAGGAUAUUGAAAGGGAAAGAAGGAUUAGACAAGUUUCAGAAGAAGAAUUGUUGAGACAUGAAGAUCAAAUACAAUCGAUGAAGAGAAAACAAGAAUUGCUAGCUCUCCCCCUCCGUGAGCAAACAAAAAUUUUAUUUUGUUAUAUAUGUGAUAAUUAUUAUAAAGAAAUCUCUCUUGCUAAUUUUGUUGAAUUUUAAACAACUUGUAUUUUAAAUCAUAAAUUUUAAAUAUUUACUUUAAAAUUAUUCAAAUAAAAAAUUCUAUAAAAUUUAUAUAUAAAUUUUUAAAAAUAAUUAACCUCUCCGUAAGAGAAAUUUUUUAUUCGCUCACGGAGAGGGAGUAAGAGAACAUGAAGAAAAAUAUUUCGAAAAUUUAUUAAAUGAAGAAAAAGAAUAUGCGCAGAGGAAAACUGAUGAAAGGCUAAGAGUUUUGGAAGAAGAAAAAGAAAAGCAAAAAUACGAAAUGCAGAGGAACAGAAAAGAAAUUGAAGACUUAGAAAAAGAGCUAGAAAGAAAAAUAUUAAAUGAUAAAGUCAACGAAAUGAGGCAUAUGACUGAAAUAAAAGGAAUUGAAGAAGAAAAGCAGCUACAAGAAAUGCUACUGAAAAUAGAAGAAGAAAGAAGAAUGCAACGGCAGUUACAGCAGGAUUUGGAAUUUAAAGAAAAAGAAAUCAAAGAAAGGGCAGCAUUCCAAAAAGCGCUAACUCCCCCCCCCCCCUCCGUGAGCGAACAAAACCAUUAGAAAAAUCGCCAUUUUUUGACCAAAAACCCACCCUCCGUGAGUGAACAAAAAUUUUUUUAAUAGAAAAAAUUUUAAUGGAAAAAAAUUUUGAUAUAUAAGUGAUAAUUAGUAUAAUGAAAUCUAGAGCUAAUUCUGUUUAAUUUUAAACAAAUUGCGUUUUAAAACAUAAAUUUUGCAAAUUAAAUUAAUAUUUGCUUCCCAAUUUUUGCAAAUUAGGAUUUUUUUAAAUUUCGAAAAAAAUAUUUUUUAUAAAAUUUAUAUAUAAAAUUUUUUUUUAAAAAAAAAAAUUAACCCCCCUCCGUGAGCGAACAAAAAUUUUUUUGUUCGCUCACGGAGGGGGGGGGGGGAGUAAGAGGGAAUGAAGAAAGGGCUCUACAAGACCAAAGAGAGUCUUUUAAUCAGCUACGGUUGCAAUUGAAUAAAGAAAGCGAAGAAAUUUCAGCUGCUAGAGAAAGAGCACAUAGGCUCAAAAUGGACACCAUUAUAAAGCAAAGAGAGCAAGAACUAAAAGAAAUUGAAAAAAGAAGCUCAAGAGGGUUUGACUCCAGAGGAUUUGAGCCUAAUUUUGAGGCGAGAAAAACCGAACUUAGAGGAGGGUAUGAGCCAAGAGAAGAAGGUUUUAGAAACUUAGAAACAAGACAUAUUGAAUCAAGAAGCUAUGAUCCAAGGAUGGAAGAGCCAAGACAGUUUGAAUCCCGGCAAGCCGAAGCAAGGGACUAUGAGCCACACAUAGAGGAUCAAAGACAAAGAGCUUAUGAGCCAAUCUACGAAGAACCAAGAGCAAGAGUUUAUGAACCCCGGCUAGAAGAGCCGAGAACAAGAGGUUAUGAGCCUCGCUUAGAAGAGCCAAGAAUAAGAGGUUAUGAGCCUCGCUUAGAAGAGCCAAGGACAAGGGCUUAUGAGCCAAUAUACGAAGAGCAGCUUAGGAAGUCUGAAGACUUUGAGCAGCCUAUUGAUGAAGAUAAAGAAAUUGAUUCAAGACAGGUUGCAUUAAGAGCUUAUGACCAUAGACAAUUCGAGUCAAGAGCUGAUGACAGAUUCCCAACUUAUAAGUCUGAACAAGAUAUUAGAAGGUCUUAUCAAGAUUCCCCAAAAUGGGAAGAGAGCUCUGAUAGGUCCUGGGAGAGCAGAUCAAGCUCACAAGUCUCACAAGAUAGUCAUUGCCCGUCCUGUGACUGCUCGCAUAGUUCCAGAUCAAGCGGAUGCUCUUGCGAAUGCAUGAGUGAGAAUAGUGAAGCUUCUAUAGCGAACUCAAGGGAUCAGAUCGAUUCCAGCUCAAGUAUUUCUGAAAGCGGCUCAGAUUUUUCGGGCUCUGACGCCCCUCAUGGCAGGCAUACUCAUAUAUAA